CAUGGGGAACAAAGUGCCUUAAUUGAUAAAUUAAAAUUAAUAAAUUCGAUAAAAACUGAAGUGAUGAGUGCAUCGUCAUUAAAACGUUCAAGUGUGCGAGAUAUAUUUGAUGCACAAUGUAAAAAAUAUAAGGAAACAUCACAUUCAGUGGAGUUCGGUAAAAUGCGUAGGCAUUUGAUUCAUAUAAAACAAGAAAACUAUCCAAAAAAUCCGAUGACUUUUGAAGAAAUUAUUGAAGUUGCAUCAAAAUUCACAAUGUCCAGAUAUGAGGAAAAUGACAAAUUUUAUAUUGACACUAUAGUAGAAGAAAAUUUUGCCUACUCAUUAUUUGUGUCUCCUACCAUUUCUAAUGCUAUUAAAGGAAGGAACCACAUGGAACAACGUAAUUAUAUAGUUGAUGGAACAUUUAACAUAGUACCUAUUUCAAAGAAAUAUAAGCAAUUGCUUAUAAUUCACAUUAUUCACGCAGACCAUGCAUAUCCGUUCAUAUAUAUUUUAAUGUCUCAUAAGUCAGAAUCUGCAUAUAAACAUGUUUUGCAAUAUUUGCAAUCAAAUGUCAUCGAUUUGAAGCCGACGUCAGUAAUCACUGAUUUUGAAUGCAGUUUAUGUAAUGCUUUUAAAAGCGUAUACCCAACAGUGAAAACGGUUGGAUGUUGGUUUCACUACACGAAUGCUCUUUGACGGAAAGUUACGCAAAUUCCUGGAUUCACAGCUAAAUUGAACAGAGAUAAAAAUGCCAAAAACCUAUUUUCCAAAUUUAUGUAUCUACCAUUAUUGAAACCGGCUAAUAUUAUAGAAGCCUAUAGCAUUUUAAAACAAGAUGCUAUGGAUGUAAAAUUUGUUAAUGCAUCAAAUAAUACAGAAAGCUUCUUUAAACCAUUUAUAAAUUACUUCGAGCGACAAUGGAUGAAAAAAGAAAAACCUGUAAACUUUUCAGUGUAUAAAGAACCUGUCAGGACAAGUAAUUCUGCUGAAGGUUUCCAUAGCAGAUUGAAUAUGAAACUUCCAAAACGAGGCACGUUUUACAACUUCCUAGAAACCCUUUUCGAAUUAGAUUUUGUAAAAUCCAUGGAUUAUUCAAAAUCUAUUUCUGGUUGUACGAAUCUAUAUAAAUCAAAACCAUUCGGCAAUAAAGUUCGCGACAAAUUUAUUAAAAAACGGCUAGACUUAUUAAAAAACAAUAAAAUAUCUUUGAUGGAAAUUCUCAGUCAGUUUUCUAAAAUGGAAAACUGCAUACUUGCAGAAAAAUUCGUCAAUGAAAUCCAUAGUUCCGAUGAUGAUUAUGAAGACGACGACGACAGUAAUGAAGAUCAACAUUGUACAGAUCAUAUACAAACGCAACAAAAUAUGAUAUUGUUAUGCGUAAUUUGCUGCGAAAGGGAAAGGGAACUCUUGUUCGACCCAUGUCAUCAUUAUAAAGUUUGUCAAACAUGCUUUCAAAAAAUGGAAGAAAACAGCAAAUUAAAGGGCGUACAAACAUUGUGCCCAAUUUGUCGCAGUAUAAUAAAAGAAGCAAAACAAAUAUUUUGUUAAUAAUACAAUUAAACUCAUAUGUUAUUAUAUACCUAGAACUAUAUUGAAAUAGUGUUUAAUUUUUUGUUACACGUAAUUUUUGGUUUUCAUGUUGUUUGAUUUGUU